AUGGCUCCCACUCCGUCGGCUGGCCGCACCUCGGCCGACCCUGAAACUCCCACCAAAACGGGUAGGAAACCCGAGUCAUCGUCGACUCAGAAACUCACGGAAACAGCCUCCGGUCGCAAACCACCCAAGCUGGGAGCAUCCAAAACUCCCAAGAAGUCAGACUCGCCUUCCCUACCGCAACGCCCUAAGGAGGACGUUGAGGAAAAGGGCAAGCAGAUCGACCUCAAGGACAAUGACGCUGCUGAGGAGGCCGGCGGCAAAGUCAGCCAGCCUGGCAACGAGUCAAGUGUCGCCGACACCAGCGAGCUGUCCGAGGCGGAUCCCCAGCCAGUACCAGAUUCUGACGAAGACGAAACUGUUUCUGGAGCGAAGGAUACCGUUGACAAGGCCGCAAAAGAUGAGGGCACCGACGACGAAGACCAAGGGCUGACCCCUGGUGACACCGAACGGGAAACCGAAGACGCCGCCGAGGAAGCUGGAGACGAGGCUUCCAACAAGGGCAGCGGCGCCCUAGGUGGUCUGAAGAGCGCUGCAGGUGGUGUCGGCAAGGGUGUUUCCGGCCUAGCUGGUAAAGGCAAGGACACCGUCACCGGCGCUGCAGGUAAAGCUAGUCAAGGCGACGUCUCCGGCGCUGCUGAGGACACCACCGAGGGCGCCAAGGACGCCGCAGGCGACGCCCAAGAGACAGCAGAAGACACUACGGGCCAGUCUGGAGAGGGCGAAGGUGGUGACAAAUACGACGUACCCCAAGUCAGCGACAGACUCUUUGGUGAUGCCAAGGACCAGGCUGGCGACGCCGUUGAGGGCGCGAAAGAUCAGGCUGGUGAUGCUGCCGAAGGCGUCCAGGACCAGGCUGGCGAUGCUGUGGAGGGCGCCAAAGACACUGCCGAAGGUGCUGCCGACGAACUUCCUACCGAUCUUUCCGCGCUCAAGGGUUUGAAGGUCGAUGAGAGCGGCGAUAUCCUGGACAAGUCAGGUAACCCCAUUGGGCGCCUUAAUGAGGGCGAUCCCGCCGAUCUGGAAGUAGGAUAUGAAAUUGGCGACGACGGAGAAAUCCUCGAUGAAGACGGCGACGUUGUCGGACGUGCAACUCUCAUUCAAGAGAAGGCAGAGGGCGCAGCCGAGGAAGCUGGCGAAGCUGCUGAGGGUGUAAAGGAAACCGCUGAGGGCGCAGCCGAAGACGCCAAAGACCAAGUCGAUGAUGCCGUUGAAACAUACCUACCCGACAUCAAAGUACUAAAGGGUCUCGAGGUGGCGGAGUCUGGAGACAUCGCUGACAAGGAUGGCAACGUCAUCGGACGCAUCACCGAGGGCGAUCCUGCUGACCUCGUCGGCAUGGCAUUGAACGAAGACGGUGAGAUUCUGGAUGAGGACGGCGAUGUUGUUGGCCGCGCAGAAACCCUUCCACAAGAAGUCAAGCAGGAGGCCGAAGGCCAGCUUCCCGGUCUUGACGUUCUCGAAGGCCUCAAGGUCGGCGAGGACGGUGACAUCCUGGACGACCAAGGCAACAAGCUUGGUAAGAUCACUGAGGGUGAUCCGGCGGAUCUUGCGGGCUUACCUCUCAACGCUGAGGGCGAGGUGCUGGACGAAGACGGAGAUGUCAUCGGACGUGCUGAGAUUGUCCCAGAAGCCGCCCAAGCCGUCGGCGACCAGGCUGCCGACGGUGGCGUCACCGAGGCGGUUCAAGAGGCGCAGGACAAGCUUGAGGACAUCCAGGACCAGCUCAAGCCCAACCUCACUAUUGUCGAGGGCCGCAAACUCAACAAGAAGGGCAACAUUCUCGACGACGAGGGUGAAGUCCUUGCUAAGCUCAUUGAGGGUGACGCCAAGGCGUGUGCCGGCAAGAUACCCAAUGAAAAUGGCGAGAUCCUCGAUGAUGAUGGAAACGUCAUUGGUAAGGUUGAGGUUGUUGAGGGCGAGGCCGCCGACGAGGCCAUGAAGGAGCUCAACCCCGAGCUUGUCGAACAGCUCCAGGACGCUCAAGAAGCCGUCGAGGAAGCCGAGAAGGAGGCCGAGAACGCUGCCGACGAAGCAGGCGAGGCAGCUGAUGAGGCCAAAGAUGCCGCUGAGGAAGCUAAGGAUGCUGCCAAGCCCGACUUUGCUCAACUUGACGGCCUGAAGGUCAACAAGAAGGGUCAGGUCGUCAACGAAGACGGUGACCCGAUCGCCAAGUUGUCAGAUGGUUACGACCUCGAAGCCGUCCGCGGCAAGAAGAUAAACGAAAAUGGUGAGAUCUUGGACUCGGAGGGCAACGUCAUCGGCAAAGUCGAGUUCUUGCCCGAGGCCAUUGAAGAGGGUCUUGUUGAAGUCGAAGAAGCGGGUGACAAGCUCGAUAUGUCUGUCCUUGAGGGCCUAAAGGUCAAUAAGAAGGGCAUAGUUCUCGAUGAGGAGGGCGAGCCCAUCGCACAGCUCAUCGAGGGCGAGCUCACAGAGGUUGCCGGUAAGAAAAUCAACGACAAGGGUGAGAUUCUCGACAAAGACGGCAACGUCAUUGGCAAGGUUGAGAUGAUUCAGAAAGACGAAGAAGAGGGUGAGCAAGACAGUGGGCUCCCUCCUCUCUCCAUCCUCGAGGGCUUGACCGUCAACAAGACUGGCAAGAUCGUCGAUCGCGACGGCAAGGUCGUCGGCGAACUCGUUGAGGGCGAUGCCAAGAAGCUCUGGAAAUCUGGCCUCGAGUGUGACGCCGAGGGUCAGUUCUGGGACAACCGUGGCAACGUCAUUGGCCGCGCCCAGACCAUUGCGCAAGAAGACAAAGAAGAUGAAGCCCAGUUCGCCGGUCUCGAAGGUCUCGUUGUGGUCGCCGAUGGCUGGGUCGAGGACGAGAAUGGCAACCGUGUGGGGCGUGUCGUCGAGGGUGACGCCAAGAAACUCGUGGGACGUUCCGUCGAUGAAGACGGUGACAUUCUCGACAAGCGCGGUAACGCCGUCGGCCAUGCCGAGCGCUACGUGGAGCCCGAAGCUGAGCCCGAGCCCGAGCCAGAGGCUAUUGACCUUUCCGAGAUGAAGGGCUUGCGCCUCAACAAGAAUGGCAAUGUCAUCGGUCCUGACGGCGUUCCCAUCGGCCGUCUCGUGGAAGGCAAUGCCAAGGAGCUUGCUGGCCGCAAGAUCGACGGUGAGGGACAGAUCUGGGACGAUGCCGGCAAGGUUGUCGGCCGUGUCGAACUCAUUCCUCCUGAGGAGCGCGAGACCAAGGCAGAAGGGCCUUUCGCCGGUCUUGAGGGCCUCGUUGUCGUCAAGGACGGAUGGGUCGAGGACGAGGAUGGCAAUGUCGUCGGACAGAUCGUCGAAGGUGAUGCCAAGAGGCUCGUCGGGCGUGCUGUCGACGAAGACGGCGACAUUAUCGACAAAUACGGAAACGUCAAGGGCCACGCCGAGCCGUACGAAGCUCCGGAAGAGGAGGCUGCCGAUCUCUCAUCCCUUGCUGGCAAGACUGUCAACAAGUCUGGCAAGGUGGUGGAUGAGCAUGGCACCAUUUUCGGUGAAGUCAUUGAGGGUGAAGUCAAGAACCUCGUCGGCUGCAAGGUUGACGGCGAGGGUCAGAUCUGGUCGAAUGACGGCAAGGUCAUCGGCAAGGCUGGUCUGAUUUCGGGCGGCGGUCGUCCCGAAGAUGGACCCUUCUCCAACUUCGAGUCGACCAGCGUGCAAAAGGACGGAACAGUCCUCGACAGCGCUGGAAACAUCAUUGGUCGUGUCACCGAGGGCGAUCUUGCCAAACUUGCGGGACGCAAGGUUGACGACGAUGGCGACAUCACUGACAAGAACGGCAACGUCAUUGGCCAUGCCGAACGGUGGGAACCAGAAGAAAAGGAACGUGAGGUCAGCCCCAUGUCUGGUCUCCGUGUCAACAAGGAAGGAGAGGUCCGCGAUAAUAACGGCGAUGUCAUCGGUAGACUUACGGAAGGCAACUUGCUGUCUUGCGUGGGUAAGACCAUCGAUGACAAUGGCCAUGUCGUCGACCAGGACGGCAACAAGCUCGGUGAAGUGACCCUGCUUGAGAACAUCCCCGAUGAGGAUGAAGGUCCCACCGACGACCAACUCAAGGAAGAGGAAGAACGCGAGAUCGCAAAGAAGAUUGGCAACAUCAUCAACCAGACUCUGGAGAAGAUGGAACCCAUCUGCAAGCAGAUCACAGACCUCGUCGAGAAGGCCGACCGCACACCCAAGGAGGAACUCGACGAGGAGAAACUCGUCAACGACGUCAAGCCUCUGAUUGAAGAGGGCAGCCGCAUUUUGGGCGAGUGCAACGGCGCGAUCCGCGGCCUCGACCCAGACGGCCACAUCGCGGCACAGGCCAAGGCCAGAGCCGCCUCCGGCGAGGCCUCCCCCGAAGAGCACCGCGUGGCCGAGGGUCUCAAGGAGCUCACGUCGGUGGUGGUCAAGACGAUCGACAACGCGAAGAAGCGCAUCGCCGACAUGCCGCACGCCAAGAAGAAGCUCAACCCUCUGUGGGGCUUGCUCACGGAGCCGCUGUUCCAGAUCAUCGCGGCCGUGGGUCUGCUGUUGUCUGGCGUGCUGGGCCUGGUGGGGAAGCUCCUCAAUGGCUUGGGUCUGGGUGGCUUGGUCAACGGUAUCCUCGGUGGUCUUGGCGUCGACAAGCUGCUUGGUGGCCUGGGCCUGGGCAGCAUCGGCGAGGCGCUGGGUCUCGGCGGCGGGAAGAAGAAGUAA